UCCAUCGAUAAAGCAUCACAAAGUCAGCGCCAUUCAUCUCUCUACCUUUUCACCUUCUUCAUAUCAUCUUCUGCUAAUCGCUUGGAUUCGAUGAUGAUGGCUCAGUGCGCUGGAGGAGACGGGGCCUUACAAGCCGUCGUUCAUGGAUCCUCCAACCGUGAUUCCGCCGCCUCCGGCGGCGCUAGUUUCGGAGCGUUUGACGGUCGGGUGUCGCCGGACGAGGAUUUCGGGCUGUUUGAGGAUGUUUUCGGGACGGAGAUGACUAGGAUUUGGAACGGUGAUGAACUGGAAGAGCUUUACAAGCCAUUCUACCACCCAUUCUGUGCUUCUUCGCCCGUUUGUUUCCCUAAAGAAGUCAACCAACAACCGGCUGUCGAACUACAAGAUGAUUAUCAGAAGCCGCCGCCGGAUGCUCCUCCGGCGGCGGCGGCGGCGGUUUAUGUGCCUAAAUAUAAAAGAAGGAAAAGUGAGCAUAAAAGAGUGGUGCUUCAGGUACCACUUGAAGAGCUUUCUGAUGAUAAGUGGGCUUGGCGAAAGUAUGGCCAAAAACCUAUCAAAGGUUCACCAUAUCCAAGGAGCUAUUACCGGUGUAGCAGCUUAAAAGGUUGUCUGGCGAGGAAACAAGUGGAGAGAAGCUGUAGCGAAGCUGGGAUGUUCAUCGUAACCUACACGGCGGAGCACUGCCACAGCCAGCCGACCCGCCGGAAUUCCCUAGCCGGGACCAUCAGGAACAAGUUUCCUACGGCGGCGGCCUCAUCAAAAAAACCCCAAGAUUAUUAUUACAGUGAAGACGGCCUGCAGGAUCACCCUCCGGCAUCAUUCAUGUCUCCGGCGGUUGUUUCUCCGGCGAUGGUAAAAGAGGAGGAGAAAAUGGUCGAUGAAAACGAGUACAAUAAUAAUAUUAAUGUCAAAUACGACGUGGAGGAUGAUUUCUUUGCUGGGCUAGACGAUCUUGAUGGACUUAUUUCUCACUUUUCUUCUCCCUGUGAUCAAUCUUUUCUCUAUAGCUAGCCCGGCCCGGCUUAAAGAGCAAAAAACAAUUAUAAAGUGUUAUUAAAAAUUUAAAACAAAAUUUCUAAGUUUUUGAUACUUUACUUUGUAGUUUGUAGCUAGCUAGUCAUCACUCGUCAGCUUUGUACAUUAUAUUAUCCCAUUUCAUGCAUGAAGAGAUCAUUUAGUAAUUGUAUUUAUGUUAUUUAUUUA